CUGAGGUCACAACAAACGCCUUGUAUUGGUAAAAAAAAGAAAAUUAAGGAAAUGCAGCAGGAGUUGCGCUAAUUGUUGAUGCCCACAUGCAAUAGCGAGGACCCCAAGGACGCGAAACAGCCAUGGAGCAGCUGGAGCCGGUUUCGGUAUCGGUUACGGGCCAGGAGCAGCAGCAGGAGCCGCCCAGCGAACCGGCGGGCAGCCUAAACACCUUGGAUGCGCAGCGCGUCUGUCGCGUUUGCCUGAAGGACGCCUCGCUGGACGGCGAGGUGCACUUCAUCUUCAGCGAGGCGCCCGUCGAGGAGGACGCCAAUCUGGCCCGCAUCCUGGACGAGUGCACCCAGCACCGGUGCCAGCGGCACGACGGGAUGCCCCCGCAUAUGUGCGCCACCUGCGUGGAGGCCGCGCGCCAAGCCUAUCGGUUUAAGAGGCACGCGGAGCGCUCCUACUGCUCGCUGGUUGCUCUGCUGGGCCGCUCCCCCCAGCUGAAGGUGCGCGCCAUCGAGGCGGCCAGCCAAACGGACCAGGUGGCCCUGAUGCCCUGCGAAAUGUGCCACGAUCAGUUCCUCAACAGCCUGGAGCUGCGAUUGCAUCGCAACCAGGUGCAUAGGACGACUAAGGAGGGCACCACUGGCCCGGGGACAGAUGGCCAACCUGCCGAGGAGCUCAAGUGCAAAUUUUGCCCCCAGCAUUUCCCGCAUCUCCGGCAGCUGCAGAGCCAUUUGGCGCGCAGCCACGAGCAAACUGCCCGGCUGCAGUGCGCCCACUGCCAGCGCACCUUUAGCCGGCGGGAUCACCUGCUGCGGCACAUGCGCAACCAGCACCGAGACGUGGAGGAGGAUCUGCUGCGCACCUGGCCGCCGGCCGAUGAGAGCACCAUGCACAGCGACGGCGGCGAUGAGCUGGUCUCCGCCGAGGUGCUGCUGAACGAGGGGCAGGACGACGACGAGGAGGAUGAUGACGACGACGGGAGAGAUGGCGUUGGCGAGGCCUUCCAGUGCAAUACGAAUCCCAUUUCCAGCAACGACGAGGAGGAGGAGGACGCGGUGGCCAAUCAGACGCUCUGGCUGCACAUCAAGCCGGAGCCCUGCCUGGAGGCGGAGGAGGUGGACUUGGCCAUGCAGCUGAAGCUGGAGAAGAAGCGUCGGAGGCGCGAGAAGGCGGAGGCCCAGGCGGAGGGCUCCUUGGAGCGGGCUGUGAAGGAUGAACCCAUUGCCAUUGGCGACGCCCAGUUCAGCAUCAAGGAGGAGAACCAGCUGGUGGGCAGCGAGGACGAGGCUCCCAUGGGCGUGGAGGACUUUAUGAAGCUGCACGUGAGCGGAGAAUUAACUCUCAGUGACGAGGAUCGGUUCGAUGACUUCGUCGACGAGGAUAGCGACCUGGAUGACGAUGAGGAGGACGACGAGGACGAUGGGGAAGAUGGGGAAUUCCGGCUCAAGCAGGAGCCUUUGGAUGGCGACAAACCCGUGAAGAAAUCCAAAUCGGGCAGACGUCGUCGCCGCAACAAGGGCGAGCCGAAUCCCGAGAACCGCUGCGAGGUUUGCCAGCGGACCUUCUCGCGCCACUGCCACCUGCUGCGCCACAAGCUCUCGCAUCUGGAGAAGAAGCCCCACAACUGCCCGCACUGCCCCAAGGCGUUUGCGCGCAGCGAUCACCUCAAGGCGCAUGUGCAGAGCCUGCACAGCAACAAGGAGCACAAGUGUGCGAUCUGCGAGGCGGCCUUCUCCCGGCUGGACGCUUUGGAGCGUCACAAGGUUAGCAAGCACAACGGCGAGGGCCUCGAGCCGGGCAGCGAACUGAAGCUACAGCUGGCUGAGCACACGUGCGAGUACUGCUCGAAGAGAUUCUCCAGCAAGACCUACCUGCGCAAGCACACGCUGCUGCAUACGGACUUCCUGUACGCCUGCAAGACCUGCGAGGAGACUUUCCGCGAGCGAGCGCAGCUCAGGGAGCACGAGAAAACGCACACCGGCCAGCGCAACUUCCUCUGCUGCAUCUGCGGCGACAGCUUCGCCCGGAACGACUACCUCCGCGUGCACAUGCGGCGGCACAACGGCGAGAAGCCCUACAAGUGCCGCUUCUGUGUGAAGGCCUUUCCCCGCGCCACCGAUCUCAAGGUCCACGAGCGUUACCACACGGGCACCAAGCCGAAUCUGUGCAAUACUUGCGGCAAGAGCUUCCAUCGGGCCUACAACCUGACCAUCCACAUGCGCACCCACACCGGCGAGCGGCCGUACAAGUGCGACCAGUGCCCCAAGAGCUUCACGCAGAGCAACGACCUCAAGGCGCACAUUCGGCGGCAUACGGGCGAGCGUUACAAGUGUCCGCACUGCGACGCCUACUUCCUGCAGCUGUACAAUAUGCGCAAUCACUGUUUGAGUGCCCACAACAAGCACAUCGAGACGAAGACGGGUCGUUUGCAGCGAACAGGCCUUCUAGACGACGGUGGCCAGUCGCAUUUGACCACGGUGGUCAUGCCGCCGGCAAGGUAUCCACAUGAACUGGAUCCCCAGAUGGCCGCCGCCGCUGCAGGUGCAGCUGGAGCUGCCGGAGGGGCUGAGAGCUCCUCCUCGACCACCGUCAUCCACUCACCGGGAACGUACAAUGCCCCAAUGGCGCCGGGAUCAGCGUCCGCUGCUCCAGCCAGCAGCCUCGAUGGAGCCAGCUUCGCACCCACGGCAUCGGCUCCCUUUGGCGGCUUUAAUUUUCCGCCAGUCGUAAUGGCGCAUCUCAUGUACAACCACGGAGGAGGCAGCCAGCACAGCCAGAGCGGCAGCGACACGGGCAAAUAGCCAUCGAUUAUACUGCUCCUGCUCCUCAUCCUCAUCCAGAACACACACAACUAUUCCAGUGUAGUCUUAAGCUUAACCUCUGUACAUAGCCGGCGGAUGGGAGAGGAAGGCCAAUUGAAGGGUUCAUCACGGGCGCAGGCAUCCCGCAUGCCGGCCAUUUUAAUGUGUUAAUAUGUAUUUAAUAGUCGAAUAAGAACUGCUUAUGUAGGCGGUUGGAACAUUUUUAUAAAGCUUACAUCAGUGCGUAUGUAUAUUAAAAGUAGAGCUCGCUCCCAUCCCCCUAACAAGUUUCAUUGAUGGGCAAAUAAAUCAUGAAAAUAUAGCAAAACCAUCUAGAAUU